AUGGCAACACCAGAUCAACCCGAGCCAACGAGGUCACUAGCAUCCCGCCUUAACGGCUGGGGCUUAUCCUCCCUCCCACCAAUGGGCCUAGCAACCCUGAUAACCUCCCUCCACUUCCGCCCCUUCCACAAGCUGCCCAUGCUGGUCUUCACCCCCAUGCUCCUGCUGAGCAGCUACCUGAGCGUGGCCGGGUUCAAGAUCGACGCCGCGGGCCUCUCGGCCGCCUGGUCCGGGCUGUACGUGCUCCUCGCCGCGCGCAGUCGGCCCGUCGCCUCGCUCCGCCAGCGCUUCACCGCCAGGGCCGCCGUCCGUGGUGGCGCCGUCGGCCUGGGGAUCGUCAACGCCGCUGGGGGAGGGUACGCCUACGCCAUGGGGGACAGGGAGGCGGAGCGCGUCGAGAGGAAGGAGAGGGAUCGGUGGGGCAUCGAGGAGCAGUGA